UUUGCCUUAAGAAAAAGCACACCCUUCAGAGUGGAAGAAUUCAUCUGCCUCCUAUUUGAUGGGGUUCAGAGCUAAGAUGGCUGACUAAGUAAACAUGGGGGACUGGAAUUUCCUUGGAGGCAUUCUGGAGGAAGUUCACGUCCACUCCACCAUGAUUGGAAAGAUGUGGCUCACCGUCCUGUUCAUAUUUCGAAUGCUUGUUCUGGGUGUAGCUGCUGAAGAUGUCUGGAAUGAUGAGCAGUCUGGCUUCAUCUGUAAUACAGAACAACCUGGCUGCAGAAAUGUAUGCUAUGAUCAGGCCUUUCCUAUCUCCCUCAUUAGAUACUGGGUUUUGCAGGUGAUAUUUGUGUCUUCACCAUCCCUGGUCUACAUGGGCCAUGCUUUGUACCAACUGAGAGUUCUGGAGAAGGAGAGGCAGAUGAAGAAAGCUCAACUGAGGGGUGAACUGGGGGAGGUAGAGCUUGAAAUGCCUGGGGAUCGGAGGAGACUGGAGCAAGAACUGCGUCAGCUUGAGCAAAGGAAACUGAAUAAAGCUCCACUCAGAGGAACCUUGCUUUGCACUUAUGUGAUACACAUUUUCACUCGCUCUGUGGUUGAAGUUGGGUUCAUGAUUGGACAGUAUCUUUUAUAUGGAUUUCAUUUAGAGCCUCUAUUUAAAUGCCACGGCCACCCGUGUCCAAAUAUAAUUGAUUGUUUUGUCUCAAGACCCACAGAAAAGACGAUAUUCCUAUUAUUUAUGCAAUCCAUAGCUACUGUUUCACUUUUCUUAAAUGUUCUAGAAAUAUUCCAUCUAGGUUUUAAAAAGAUUAAAAGAGGGCUUUGGGGACAAUAUAAAUUGAGGGAUGAACAUAAUGAAUUUUGUACCAACAAGUCAAAACAAAACCUUGCCAAAUAUCAAAACACAUCUGCAAAUUCACUGAAACGAUUCCCUUCUGCACCUGAUUACAGUCUGUUAGUGGAAAAGCAAACACACACAGCAGCGUACCCUGGUUUAAAUCCACUUGCGUUUCAGACAGAUUCUGAUAAUCACAGUGGAAAUGAUGACAAAGGCAUUUUGGAUGAACAGGAAACGCUACUUUCUGAGAUGUGUAUGCUUAGUACUACCUGUGGUCAUCUUCAAAACAUCAACUCAAGUAAUAAAGAAGACACUCAUAAAAUAUCUGGAAAAGAAGUUAAUGGUAACCAGUUGAGGGGAAAAAGAGAAAUUGAUGGCAAAGACAGCAAAAGGAACCACUCCUCUAAAGGUCACUGUUCUAUUCCAGGUGAUGCUAUAGAUCUGAACAACCACACGGCGCAGUCACCCCAAACAGCUUUCUCUCUGCCAGCUAACUACACCUGGAAACCGAAAUGGCUUCGUGCUACUUGGGGUCCCUCUGCAGAAAAUGAAAACCAGGCAUUACCUCCUAAAGGUAACCUCAAGGGCCAGCUCAGAGAGGGCACAAUCAGAACGCUUCCCCCUUCACAGGGAGACUUCCAUCCACUUGACAUUCCAGACACUCCUGAUUCUUUGGGAGGGUUGUCCUUUGAAUCCGAGUUGGUCAGAACCUGCAGUAACCCUAUUGCUUGUCCUCCAAAUCAUUUAGUGUCGCUGACAAACAACCUCAUUGGUAGGCGGGCUCCCACAGACCUUCAGAUCUGAACAGCUGUUGGCUUUUAGACAUUCUGUGUAUUACAUUAUCAAAGAAGUAGUUAAUGAUGGUUGAGCACAGAAAAAACAGAUAGGGCAGCUCUACAGACCAGCUGUUU